GAAAAAUGAUUCUCCACGUCCCAUUGGUCAUCACUAUUGCAUGUAAUAUAAUACAUGUUUAUGGAGGGGAUGUUGUCCCUAAUGAUGUCAACCUGAUGUUCGUAUUUGAUAAAUCGGGAAGUAUCAGUGUGGCGGAUUUCGAGUUGAGCAAAGAAGUGGCUAUCAAGAUAUAUGAAAGUUUUGUUGACCUUGGGGAUAACGUCCUUGCCUCUGCUCUCACAUUUAGCGUCAAGCCCAAAAUAAUGUUCACCGCUGAUAAAUAUACUCCUACUUCCGACCCUGGUGUUGUUGAUGCUAUAAAUGCUUUUACCAUGAAUCCUUCCAAAAUAGGUCGACGCCAGUCAAAUACAGACAAGGUAUUAGAGAUGAUCAAAGAAGAGGUUGAUAGAUGGAUGCCCAAUGGCAUUGUUUUUGUGAUAUUAUUUUAUGAUGGUGUGCUUCAUCCUAGAACUGCAGCCAAGAGAGAGGAGGUGAUCAAAAUGGCUAAUGACAUGGAGGAUGGCUAUUUAGAUAUUCUUGGUGUUAAACUUAAGAAUGGUAACGGGAAUGAUCAUCUGGGAGCAAUAGAUUUGAGGAAAAUUGCCAGUGAAGAUCCAGAAGAGAAUGAUGUGUUUCCAAGUGAAGGAGGUAACCUUGAUGAAAACAACAAGAAUGUAGUUGCUGAUAAUAUCAUGUACAAAAUUAUUGGCCCACAAUAAUUCCAGC